AUGACCCUGUUUCCGUCACUCCCUGUCCUCCUUCUGUGUGUGGUGACAGUAUCGUGGUCAGAAACAAAAACCUGUGAGGAUGCUCAGAAGACCUGCUCAGUGAUUACCUGUGGCAUCCCUGUCACCAAUGGCACCCCAGGCAGAGAUGGGCGAGACGGACCCAAGGGAGAAAAGGGAGAUCCAGGUAACGGGCUCAGAGGCUUGCAAGGCCCUCCAGGGAAAUUAGGGCCUCCAGGAGGCCCUGGGAGUCCUGGGGGUCCAGGACCAAAGGGCCAGAAAGGAGAUCGUGGAGACAGUUUGGUAACUGAUAUGAAGCUGGCUACCUUGGAGAGAGAGAUAAGGGUCCUGAAAUCAGAACUGGACCGCACCAAAAAGUUGCAAACCUUCUCUUUGGGCAAAAAAGCUGGGAAGAAGCUCUACAUGACCAAUGGUGAAAAGAUGCCUUUCCCCAAAGUGAAAGCUCUGUGUGCUGAGCUCCAGGCCACUGUGGCUGCCCCCAGGAGUGCUGAGGAGAAUAAGGCCAUCCAGGACAUGGCCACAGACAUUGCCUUCCUGGGCAUCACAGACGAGGUGACCGAAGGCCAGUUUACGUAUGUGACAGGAGGGAGACUGACGUACAGCAACUGGAAGAGCGAUGAGCCCAAUGACUACGGCACAGGGGAGGACUGUGUGAUCCUCCUGAAGGACGGGCUCUGGAAUGACAUCUCCUGCUCGUCCUCCUUCCUGGCCAUCUGCGAGUUCCCAGCCUGA